UGUGAUCUGUGUGGGCGGGGUUAGACCUGUAACGCCCGCCUAAUAGGAACCAGCACCGAACAAAACCUGCCAGGCGAGCGACAGGUCCGACCUGCCAGACUGAAAAUCCCCAAAUCCUGCCUGGAUCAGCCGCAGCGAGGCGAAGCUGUCAGAACUGAGCACCGCUGGCUGGACAUCUGGAGACUCAGGUGGCGUGGUGGUACAUUGUUUAAGGACGCACAACAUGUCAGCAAAAUGCAGACGGUGUGGCUGCAAAGCAAGGAUCCAGCUGAGAAUGAGCAGGAAGACUACUGGGAUCCAAGCUGUCUAUGAAGCUCUGACCAAGCCUUAUGAGGAGGAUGAUGAGGAUGAGGGAAAGGUGACCGAAGAUGAGGAGCCCAGAGCCUGUGGUGUGUGUGGCGAUCUGGCCAAGGGUUACCACUUCAACGCUCUGACAUGCGAAGGCUGCAAAGGCUUCUUUAGACGAGCCAUAAAGAGGUCAACAGAGCUUCGAUGUCCAUUCCUGAAUAAAUGCACCAUAACCAAAAACAACCGCCGCUCGUGUCAGGCCUGCCGCUUCAGAAAAUGCCAGGCCAUCGGCAUGCGGAAAGAUAUAUGUGGAUGUGUAGUGGUCAUGUCGGAGGAAGAGGUCCUGGAGCGAAGAAUCAGAAUAAAGAAGAAAAAGAUGUACAGAGCAAACCCAGAGCUUUCGUCCCAACAAGAAAGGGUGGUUGAGGAGCUGCUCUGUGGCCUCCGCAGUACAUUUGACCCAACGUUUUCAUGUUUCACCAGCUUCAGGCCAAUGGACAGAGACAUCUUGGCAGAGAACCAGCAGACCAGCUGUCUGACACAGACCUGCUCUACGGCUGAUAAACCUGAAGCUGAACCCACAUCAUCCCCUGAUCCAUGCUUCAUAUCCUCCUCCUCCUCGUCCUCCUCCUUGUCCUGCUCUUCCACCUAUUCUUUUUUCUCUAGUUUCUCUGAAAAAGUAGAGAAUCACGUUGGAGAUGAAAACAGCUCUGUGUACACUAAUCUCCCACAUCUGGCUGACCUCACAACCUACAUGAUCCAGGACAUCAUUCGUUUUUCCAAAAGUCUUCAGGACUUCCGGUCUCUAAGCAUGGAGGACCAGAUAUCAUUACUGAAGGGAGCCACAUUUGAAAUAAUGCAAAUUCGCUUCAAUAUGGUGUUCAACGCCACAACAAGCAACUGGGAAUGUGGCCAUAUCACAUACUGCAUACACGACGCUCUGCGAGCGGGCUUCCAGCCGCUCCUGCUCGAACCCAUCUUCAAAUUUCAUCACAAUCUGCGCAAGUUGGACCUACAGGAGGAGGAGUAUGCCCUCAUCCAGGCCAUGUCUCUGUUUUCUCCAGAUCGUCCUGGAGUGCAGCAACACGCCGCCAUCGACAGAGUUCACGAAAACCUGGCGCUGACCCUGAAAACCUGGAUUGACUGUAAGAAAAAAGGCCCAAAUAAACGCUUGCUGUAUCCUAAAAUGAUAGCCUGCCUCACCGAGAUGAGAACGAUGACGGAGGAGUACAGCAAGCAGAUUCUGCAGAUCCAGGACGUGCAGCCUGACACCAUCUCCCCCCUCAUGAUGGAGGUGAUCAGUAAAAACUCUUGCAACCACGCCUGACGCCCAAAUCUGGCUGCUUCAAGCACUCGGCUGUUAUUUAGCUGAAAAAUUGAAUGCUCCCGCUGAUUUGCUGCCAAGUAUGCACAGGAGAAGAACAGAGUCAAAACCUGAUUGUCAUCUGCUUUUUCAAAGCUAACAUUGGUCAGAAGAAAGCUUUACGAACUCAUUGACUGCUGGCUUCGGUGCUUUGUUGUGGCAUUGUGAGAAAAUGAGUUUUGAUGUUUAUGCCGAUGUUCACUGCACUCAGAAUGGAGACUGCUCAGGACGCAACGAAAGGCCUUCUUCUGAAAACAUUCUUACCUUUUCACUUGUUACCUCAGGUUGUGUUGGGUUUUGUGUUUGUUGUGUCAUGUAAAACAGAAGUUUAACGUUUAUUGUAAAUAGAAUUGAAUAGUAAAGGUGCUAUUUGAAAUCUGUUAUGUAGCGUGAUUAAGAUAUUUUAAAUAAUAUUAAUGUUCAUUAA